AGUUCCAGGAGCGCGCAUCCGACGAGGCGCCGGGUAGACGUGAUCUAGACGGUGAUCGGGUUAGCGCGAGAGUGAGCAAAGCGGCGGGGGCCAGUCUACACGUGGGAGGGGACGCGGUGCCUAAUCUGAGUACCUUGAGGGGAAAUACUGAAGGGCGCCGAGGAUGACGACGUCCACGUCCGGAGCGCACCUCGGAGCGUAUCGGAACCUGACUGACAAGUUCAUCAGGUUCCGCGACCAGGCGCGAGGUAACUACGGCUUCGCGACCAAUCGCCAGAGCGAGGCGGCGUCCACCAGGCUGCUCGAGGCUGCGCUCGGCAGCAGCAGCAGCAUGGGCCUUGGGCAGGGAGACGAGGGCUCGGGGCUGGAGGGCCUGUCCGCCACCCUGCCUCCGGCGUGGGUGGAUUUCAGCGAGGAGGUCAGCGCGGACGUCAACAGGAUCAAGGGUAAGCUCAAGGAGCUGGCGGCCGCGCACCACAAGGCGCUGCUGCCCAACUUCGACGACAUGGGCAACGACAAGGACGACCACGUCGUGGAGAUUGUCACCCAGGACAUCACGAGGCUGUUCAAGCGGUGCGAGACUCGGCUACGGGCGCUCAAUGACGCGAGGGGCGGGGCGCAUGAGAUGGUGAUCAUCAAGAACGUUCAGCGUAAGCUCGCCACGGAGCUGCAGAAGCUGUCCCAGGAAUUUCGCAAGAUGCAGAAGGACUAUCUGCAGCGGCUCAAGCAGCAGGAGGGGCGGGGACCCGGAGCGAGCGGCGUCGACGACAUCUUCGGGUGGGACGCGGCCACUGGCGGCGGUGGCGGGCAGGGGCUCGCGGAUCCGGGCUUCAGCCAGAGUCAGAUGCAACGACUGGAUCGGUCGGAGGCGGUGACGAUCGAGCGCGACCAGGAGGUGACGAAGAUUCUGCAGUCUGUAAACGAUCUGGCGGGGGUGAUGAAGGACCUGAGUGUCCUCGUGAUCGAUCAGGGCACGAUCCUGGACCGCAUCGACUACAACUGCGAGCAAGUGGAAAUCACGGUGGAUGAGGGGAGGAAGCAGCUAGUCAAGGCAGAAACGCACCAGAAGAGCACGAGGAUGAUCACGUGCAUCUAUUUCCUCAUGGUCAUGAUCUGCCUGAUGACCUUGGUGGUGAUAUUCCAGAAAAUGUAAGCGCAACCUGGUGGAUUGUUCCUUGUCGACGAUGAUGUUACUAGCCCGUCGAGAAUACCAAAGAAAUUUAUAUACAUUACAAUCUGAUACGAA